AUGACUAAUUGUACCACUCGGAAAGGGUGUCCAAACCCAAUUAGUCGGAAUAAUGUCGAAGCGAUUUGUCGAUUCUGUUGGCAAUUGAAAGAGACGGAUUACGAUUGUGAACCGUCGACUAAUUGCUCAACGAGCAGUACGAAACUACUUUUGACAAAGUGCUCGGCGCACCCAUCAGUCGUGUGUAUGGGACAGAGGCAAUUCUACAAACGUAUUCCAUGUAACUGGUCAUCCGGUUACAGUUGGACAAAGACAAUGAUUCUCUCCGUCGUUCUCGGCGGUUUCGGUGCUGACCGUUUCUAUUUGGGACUCUGGAAAUCGGCCAUCGGGAAAUUGUUCAGUUUCGGAGGUCUCGGUGUCUGGACGAUUGUCGACGUCGUAUUGAUUGCUGUCGGCUAUAUUAAGCCUUAUGAUGGAUCUAUGUAUAUCUAG